AUGCACGAGUUUGCCCUCUACGGUCAAGUGCGAAAGGAUGACCACCAUCGAAUGCUCCAGCAAUUGGCCGGAUUUGCACGUAUGCAGCCCCAGGAUGCCAAAGAGAUCCACCUGGUCUUCAAGGCGCGCCAGCCUCCUGGGGUCGAUCUCGUCCAGUCCAUUGGUGCAUCUCAUCUCGCGAGCCAGCAACAGCAGGAUAUGCAGCGUGUUAAGAACAUGCUCAAUGCUGGCCUCUACUAUGUCCAACUGGUUGGAGAGGUGUUGCCAGAGAAACAGGCUCGAGUUGCAGAAAAUGGCGACGUGACCAUGGCAAACGGCAAUGGCAGCCACACGACAGAAAAGUCAAGCGUGAAGUGGUCCUUUGAAUUCAAGGAUACUCCAGACGCGGGCAAGCAGGCAGUAAGCUCACGACUGAUAUCCAGGACGCCCAUGGACGACGGCAGCUUUGUCAAGUUUCUCGAUAAUUUUGGCUACGAGUAUGUUUCUCGCUACUUGGUCGUGGGAUCGAGGUUCUAUGACCACGACACCACUCUUUUCCUACACAAGGUGCUGCGACUCCCCCAAAUAGCUGCAGACGAAGCGAUCUCCGACCAAUCAUUCUUAGCCAACGUCGGUGACCUCCCCGAGCUGGACGGCUCUGGUGGCUUUGUCCUCCAGGCAUCCAUUGAUGUGGUUGAUGGAAAUAACCCCGAACUGAAGGAACGAGCGACUCGGCAAUUGGUGGCUAUCAGAGAAGCGUUGAGGCAGGCAGUCGAUCUGUCACCGGGCGAUAGAUUGGCACUGGAUACGCGGCUGCCUAUCACUUCACACAUCCUGGGACGGUGCUACACCAUGAAACGAUCAGCCCCAGCCCCGGCUGGUUCUGUCUCUCCACCGCUGGUCAAGCGCAAAAUUGAAUCGGCCACCACCAGUAAGGCUGUGGCUAGCUUCUUCAAGCCAGCGUCUCAAAAGGAACCAGAGAAACUCGUAUGGCGGACCGUUGACCAUAGCCUCAUCAUUGGCCGAUACAAUGUGCCCCAUAAACCGCCCCAACCACGCACCCUUCCUGUCAAAAUUGCGGCUUUCGAUCUGGACGACACUCUCGUGGCCCCAAACACCGUCAACAAAUGGGCGAGAUCUGCAGUGAGUUGGAAAUGGUGGGAUCCCUCAAUCCCUGGCCGAUUGAAAUCUCUUCACGAUGAUGGCUACCUCCUUGUCAUUCUCAGCAACCAGUCGGCAAUCAGCCUGAAGGAUAAUCCCAAAACCCUCAAAAAGGACAUGGCCAGCCUUGCAAACUUCAAAAACCAGGCCAGCUCCAUCCUGAAACAAGUCGACUUGCCAAUCAGUAUCUACGCCGCCACAGGCCAAGACCGAUAUCGCAAGCCUCGAGUGGGGAUGUGGGAGGAGAUGUUGGAAGACUACGAUCUUCAAGCCGAAGGAGCCGUGGACAUGGAACACUCGUUCUAUGUGGGUGAUGCUGCGGGGCGAGAUAAGACCGACAAGAGAAGAAAGGAUCAUGCAACGUCGGACAGGGAUCUUGCGGCGAACAUUGGUAUCAAGUUUCACACACCAGAAGAGUUCUUCCUCGACGAGGCCACUGAACCGUAUGAGCACGUCUUCGACCCGACAAAGCAUCUUGAACCUGCACAGCCUUCUGAUUCUACUGUGACCGGCGCCGUGGAGGACACCGUAUCCGCACCGUUCACGAAGAACAGCCCCCACGAGUUGGUCAUUUUCUGCGGCUCACCAGGCGCUGGAAAAAGCACAUUCUAUUGGGACGUCCUCCAGCCACUUGGCUACGAGAGAGUUAACCAAGAUAUCCUCAAAACACGCGAUAAAUGCAUCAAGAAAGCAAAGGAACUCUUGGAGGCAGGGUUAUCCGUGGCAGUUGACAACACAAACGCAGACAUCGAAACCCGGGCGUACUGGGUAAGAGUAGCCCAGGAAUUUAAUGUCCCUAUCCGCUGUGUCCGCUUCACAGCCUCGACUCGACUUGCAGAGCAUAACGACGCUGUGAGGGCAAUGAAUCCAAAUACGAUGAAUCCUGAGAAUCGGACCCAGCUCCCUGGUAUCGCAUUUCGAUCUUUUAUCCAAAGAUUCCAGGAGCCUACUCUCGAGGAGGGCUUUGAAGAUAUCUACAAGGUCGAGUUUGAGUUCAAGGGGACCGAGGAACAGAAAAAACUUUGGUCAAGAUAUUGGGUGUCGAAGUUUUCAACGUGA